GCUGGGUUGUGGCGCAUCUGUUGAAGGUCGUGUGAGAGGCUUCGUUUCAGCUUUAAGCUCGUCUUCGCGGGGUCAUGUUGGGUGCCAGCGUCCGCCGCUUCGCUACCUCGGCCGUUCGCCGUACGCACUAUGAAGAUGGUCCGGGAAAGAACCUUCCUUUUUCGGUGGAAAAUAAAUGGCGAUUAUUGGCAAUAAUGACAGCCUUCCUUGGAAGUGGGUUUAUCGCUCCCUUUCUGAUAGUAAGACACCAGCUAUUGAAGAAGUGAACAGAUUGGAGGUGGAAAUUAUCCUACAAACAGUUUUCCUUUUUUCUGUAGAGGAAAGCAACCAAUAUCUACCCACACUGGAUAUGUCUGUAAAUAAAAG